AUGCCCAUCAACCCCGAGUACAUACCCUUGCCGAAGAGCAAGGAGAUGUUCGCGAUUGCAUCGUGGCGUGACUCUCCAGGGCUGAACACGGCGCCGCCCGCACACCCUGGCGUGUCCGGCAGCCCGCAUCUUGCUUCACUGGAUGCUCUGCGGAACGGCAAGGGUAUGGCCGGGAUGUACGCGGCGGCAACACACACCACCAAUACCACGAAUACAGUAGCGGCAGCUGGUGCCUCGCUCCUCCCCCCCGCCGGCGGCACGGCGGAGGACAGCAAGGACGCUGCCAAGAGCAAGGCCCCCCUGGCCGCGGCAGCAGGCAAGAAGAAGAAGCGCAAGCCCGGGUCGGGAGCAACGACGAGCGCGGCGAGUGCAGCAGGAUCUGGCGUCCGCCCAGACGACGUGGACGACUUCUUUGUGCACAUCUUCCUCCCCUCCUGCGCCUCGGUGCAGACGCUGGAGUUCGAGCUGCAUGCGCAGACAACGCCGCUCAAGAGCAUCGAGGUGGGUCUGCCCAAAAUCUUGUUCCCACGCAAGCCCGCUGGCGGCGACGCGAGCCUCCCCACGACCACAACGUUGGCCCCGGCAGUCGCAUCCACCAAAGUCGUCUCUUCGCCUUCGUGCACGCCGGCAGUGAAUCCCGCGAACAACGAGCUUAGCCUCCCGCUCAUGUCCCUGCCUCCGGCGGACCUCCCAGAGCCGGCACCGAGUGAAAGCUCAUGUGACGCCCCGCCGUCGGUAUCGGCGGCAGCGGCGGCGCACGUCAACGGCGACGGCACCGCCUCAGCGGCAGCGGCGUCGGCUGGACACCAAGGAGGCGAGUACCAAGUAUCCCUGCUAUUUGCUGAGAAGGCAGAAGCGGAGAAAACGGUCACGUUCGUGCAGCGCCGCUGGCCCACUGCCGCCGUGUCGCUCGCAUCCCGCAGCCGCAGCGUACUAAACGCCACCCUGGUGCUGAAGGGCAUGCCAAACCAGGCCAAGACGGAGGCGGUGCUCACAGAGAUGCAGAGUCUGCCACACACACCUUCGUAUGUGCGGCUGCUCCGCAGCGAGCGCGGCGUCUUCAAGGGGGUUGUCUUCGUCAAGUACGCAAACUGCGAGGUCGCGGAAGAGUGCAAGCUGCGACUGGAGAAGUUUGUGCUCGGCUCCCGUCCCUUGAAAGUGGAGUUCAAGAAGAAGAGCACGGCGGCGGCGAGCGCGAACGCCGCUAUUACCGAGAGCAAGCGCUCUCUACAGGAGCUGGUGCGUGAACUGCGCGUAAGCGCCGAGCACGAGGGCUUCCACCUCUCUCGCACCGAUGUGGCGAAGGAGGCGCUGAAGGUGCUGAAGCAGCUCUGCCAGUCGUACGGGCUCUUGUUCGACAUGAACGAUCACCAGGUGACGGUGCGGCGAGUACUGGGGUCGAACGGCACCGGCAGCGAAAAGCCGUCGCCGGCGCUGCGGCCGCAGUCGAUGCCCCCCGCCUGGGCUCCAGCGACGCCGGCCCCGCUGCGUCCGAUGGACUUCAAAGGCAUCAGCCACUGGAAGGAUAUCCGCAGCCAAGCCUCCACCCUCGGCAUAAUGCGGCCGCUUGGACCAGAGGACGGCAAGCCGGCGUUCUCGGCUGGCCGUGGUCGACCUCUGUGA